AUGCCAAGAUCUAAGCGUUCAAAGUUGGUUACAUUGGCCCAAACCGAUAAGAAGGGUAGAGAGAACAAGGAAAGGAUAUUCGAUGAAGUUAGAGAAGCCUUGGAUUCUUUCAGAUACGCUUGGGUUUUACAUUUGGAAGAUGUGAGAACUCCAGUUUUGCAAGAGAUUAGAAGUUCUUGGGUUGGAUCCAAGUUAAUCAUGGGUAAGAGGAAGGUGUUGGUGAAAGCGUUAGGUGAAAAGCCAGAGGAAGAGUACAAGGAGAACUUGGCCAAACUAUGUAAGCACUGUUCUGGUGUUACUGGUCUAUUAUUUACCAACGAACCUGUCGAUGUAGUGGAAGAUUACUUCAAGGCAUAUGUGAGAGCUGAUUUCUCCAGACCAAAAUCAAAGGCUCCAUUGUCUUUUACCAUUCCAGCCGGUAUUGUAUACUCUCGUGGUGGUCAAAUCCCAGAAGAAGAAGAUGUGCCUAUGAUACAUUCUCUGGAACCAACUCUAAGAAACAAGUUCAAGAUUCCAACCAAAAUUAAGAAUGGUAAGAUUACCAUCGAAUCUCCAUACUUGGUCUGUGAAAAGGGCAAAACUCUAGAUGUUACUCAAGCAUUGAUCUUGAAACAAUUUGGUAUAGCAGCUGCUGAAUUCAGGGUGAAGGUUGCCGCAUACUACGAUAACGAAACUUCUAGUGUGGAACAGAUCAAUAUCAACAUGGAUUCGAAAUAA